CCUCGUGCGUCGCCAGUCCCGACCCCCACCACCCGCCUGCGCUAUUCUUGCUUGCGCUCGCGUCUCCCCUCGUGUCCUCCUCCCACCCCCUCCCCUCCACCGCCCGCGACGGGAAGUCCUCGGCGAGCCGGCCCAGAUCCGCCGGAGCAGCGGGCUCGCAUCCGCCACCCGCAUCGCCCCCGUCUCGCGUCGGGCUUCUCGCCACCGGAUGGAGAGAGGGAGGGCGUGAGAUCGACCGAGCGCGCCCCCGAUCGGACCGGACCCCGCCGAGGAGCCGCGAGCGGGCGAGCUCGAUCCGACCGCGGGAGCGCCGCACCCACCGGAUCGGGGCUGGCAGCAGAGGGAUCCAAGCCAGGGAGGAGACCGGUGGUGAUUGGUCGGUCUCUGCUUCUUCUUCCCGCGCGCGUGCGGACCCUCGAUGGAAUCGGCGCGUGCCGGAUCGGAAAGGACCGGCACUAUGGAUUCACCGGAGCCAAGAAUUGAGGUCGAACAGAAACCUGUUCUUGCUAGUAACACUAAAGAGCAGACCAUUCCAGCGAAGGAUGAGAAAACUGUUAAACCCACUAUUUCACUUGAUUCAAGUGUUAUCAAUCUACCAAGUGAUGGACAAGCCCAGGCUGGCACAUCCAACAUAGGUGGGGAACAUAAUGUUGUGUUUCCACAACACAUGUAUUCCUCUCAGGCACAGCCAUUCUAUUACCAAGGUCCAGGAUAUGAGAAUCCUCCAAAUGAAUGGGAUGUAUAUCCUCCUUAUGCGGAAGGAUUGGAAGCGGGUCCAGCGGUUGUGUACAAUGAGGACCCUUCAAUGAUGUACCAUGGUGGCUAUGGCUAUGACCCUUAUGCUCAUUAUUCUCCUAUCUCGACGCCGGUACCGGCUGGUGUUAGUGGAGAUGGUCAGCUCUACUCUCCUCAGCAGUUCUCCUUCUCGGCUCCUUACUACCAGCAACCAGUACAACCUGGCAUGCCGUAUUUAAGCUCUCCUACUCCAAUAUCACAGGGUGAGGCAAUGAUGCCAAUUGACCCAACACAAGGAGCUUUUAUGGCUGACACUCUGAGCCCAAACAGCUUCCUUUUUGGACCAAGACCGGAAUGGUUUAGAUCGUCAGAAGGAACUGGUUCAUUUCCAUCACCUGCAGCUUCACCUCAACCAUUUGGUGGUGUUUCAGGGCCGUUUGGACAAAGCAACUUUCCUAUGGCUUCUGGGAUGAUGUCCCCUCAGCAGAAAUCUUUCUUUGGUUUUGGAACCCCCGGUGACUCAUAUGGAAGAGGCUUCUCUCAUAGUGGUGGUUUCCCACAGGCCACUAACUACGGGGGUCCUUUCCCUGGCUAUGGCAUGAAUGGCAGAAGUUUUAUUCCAAUUGAUAAAGGGCGCAGGAGAGGAAGGGGUAAUUCUUUGUUAUGCAGCUGUGACGGUCCACUUGACUUCCUCAAUGAGCAAAGCCGGGGUCCACGUGCCACCAGGCCUAAGAAGCAACCAGAGGAUGAUAGUAAAGAUGAGAAGCCUUCUGUUGGACUUAACCAGGAGCCAUACAACAGGGCUGACUUUGUUAUCGAGUACAAAAAUGCUAGAUUUUUUAUCAUAAAAUCAUACAGCGAAGAUAAUGUGCACAAGAGCAUCAAAUAUGGUGUUUGGGCUAGCACCACAAAUGGAAACAAGAAACUAGACGCAGCCUAUCGUGAAGUGAAGGACAAGGAAGAACAUUGUCCCAUUUUUCUGUUGUUUUCGGUGAAUGCUAGUGCACAGUUCUGCGGUGUUGCGGAGAUGACCGGCCCAGUGAAUUUUGAGAAGAGUGUGGACUACUGGCAGCAAGAUAAGUGGACUGGCCAGUUCCCUGUGAAGUGGCACAUAGUGAAGGAUGUUCCAAAUAAUCUCUUCCGCCAUAUAAUUCUUGAGAACAAUGAGAACAAGCCUGUAACCAACAGCCGGGACACACAAGAGGUGAAACUGGAACAAGGACUGGAGAUGCUGAAAAUCUUCAAGGACCAUGAGGAUGUUGUGUCAAUCCUUGAUGACUUUGACUUUUACGAGGAACGUGAGAAGGCCCUGCUGGAGAAUAAGGUGAGGCUGCAUCAGCAACAACAGAUGUCCAGCUCCAGUGUUUCUGAGCCCAAGAAGCCGACGACUGUGCCCACUGACCUGGUGGGUCAUAUCACCAAUAGUCCUAGUGUUGUUGAGCCCAAGAAGCCCUCAACCGUACCCACCGACAUGGUGGGUCAUAUCACCAAGACUUUCGCACAGGCCGUGCGGCUUGGCGAGGCCAAGAGUGUGAGCCCUUCUCGCGAUAAAGUCCCCGAUGGAGAUUCAUCUGCAGUUGCGAAGCCUGUUGAAGUGAAAGAGAGCAAUUGAAGUGCGAUUUGGCUGUGGUUGAAAUUCAAAUCAUGUGCUUCCCCAUCAGAAAGCUGGGUGCAUAAAGACAUCUGGUGCCGCCAACAUAGGAUGGCGUCCUGCGCUUCUGGUCAAGCAUGAUGUACACUUGGAUGGAAGCUUAGUGGAGUAGUUUCUUACAUAGUUCCUCUUGCUUUCAUCUCUUCUGUACUUUUCUUUUUCUGUCUCAGUUUCCUUUUGCAUUUAAUAUAUAUGGGUAUGUUUAUUCCUCAGUGGGCAGUAGGUUAAGGUGGAGGGCUGCAGUUUUUGUGCAAGCCCUCUGUAAGUUCAAUGUUCGAUCGCAGAUGAAUAAAGCUAUUCUGUUACAUUUUCCUUUUUUUGAGCUGUAAUUUUCCUUGUUACUUAUUGAUGGUGCAGUUCUGAACAAUAAGCAAAUACAGUUGUAACCCUUUUGGGCAACUAUCUUAUGGAAUUGCUCAUUCCAA